CGAGCAGAAGGGGUAAAAAGAUUCGACUUGGCGGUCGGCAGUAGCUCGACCUUUUGGUUUUCUUCGAGCUCUACGUGAUUCGCCGAGGAGUGCAGGACGAUGGACUCGCUUCUUCUCCGGCCCUUUUCCUUCUUUCCUUGCCGCUCCUCACGUUGUUCUCGACGAGGUUGUUAUAUGCCAAGCCAGUACUUAAUCAGAAAAACAUCCAACAUCACAGUGGGAUGCAGUGUUGAAGAUCUUAAGUGGGGUCCUGUCAACCAUAUCUUUGGACACGCUGACAGAAAGUUGGUGCACAGGAGAACUAAUGAAUUAAGUCAUCUUAAUGCUGCAUCAAGACACCCUUCAGGAUCCAAGUCUGAAGCAAGUAGGUGGAAAUCAGCAUUGACUUCAUUAAAUGCCUUCUACAGAUUUUCACGGCCCCACACAGUCAUAGGAACAAUAACGAGCAUAAUCUCAGUUUCUUUACUGGCUGUUGAGAGUUUAACUGAUAUUUCUCCUUCAUUUCUAACUGGAUUGUUGGAGGCAGUUAUUGCUGCACUUUUCAUGAAUAUUUACAUUGUUGGACUAAAUCAAGUAUAUGAUAUAGAAAUAGACAAGGUUAAUAAGCCGAAUCUCCCUCUAGCAUCUGGGGAAUAUUCACUGAGAACUGGAGUUGCAGUUAUAUUAAUUUCUGCUGCCAUGAGCUUUGGUGUUGCAUGGGUUGUUGGCUCUCUGCCGUUAUUUUGGGCUCUUUUCAUCAGCUUUAUCCUUGGAACUGCAUAUUCAGUCAAUCUGCCAUUUUUAAGAUGGAAGAGAUUUGCAGUUGUUGCAGCAGUCUGCAUUUUGGCAGUGCGUGCUGUGGUUGUUCAACUUGCCUUUUUCUUGCACAUGCAGACAUUUGUCUUCCGAAGAUCAGUCAGCUUUUCGAGGCCUUUGAUAUUUGCAACUGCAUUCAUGAGCUUCUUCUCUGUUGUUAUUGCAUUGUUCAAGGAUAUACCUGAUAUUGAAGGAGAUCGUAUCUAUGGCAUUCGAUCUUUCAGUGUUCGGCUGGGUCAGAAACGGGUGUUUUGGAUUUGUGUGUACCUCCUUGAGAUGGCUUAUAGUGUCGCUAUGGUGAUUGGAGCCACUUCAUCCUGCAUAUGGAGCAAGUUUGUAACUGUUUUGGGCCAUGCAGUCCUUGCUUCAAUCCUCUGGAAACGUGCUAGAUCCCUUGACCUUAUGAGUAAAGCUGCAAUAACAUCUUUUUACAUGUUUAUUUGGAAGCUCUUUUAUGCAGAGUACUUGCUCAUUCCACUUGUGAGAUGAUUUUGAGAGUACAUUGAAAUUUCAAGUUGGCUGCCCUUUUCUAUGUUGAAGUGACUGGACAAAAAGAGUUCUUUGGCGUUUUACAGUUCUCAAUGGCGGCAAAAGAUUCAUGUAGACAUCCUAUUUGCGAGCAAUUUGAGAACAUGUUUGCAUGGAGCACAGAUCAAUAUGCAUUCCUUUCAUCAGAAGAACUUCUUUCUUUCUAUAUCGUCUUUAUUUUCCCUAACAUUUUUGUUAUUUCUUUAAUCACUACAACUAGUUUUGGAACAUUUCAAUUAUGUGAUAUCUUUCAUCGUAAAUUUUGGAUUGCACCCAGAAGAAGUCUCA